ACUUUGCUUUCCUCCUCCUGCGCCGCCGAUUGUUUGGGUUACUGCAGUGGGAGAGAACAAUGUGGGAUGGAAGAGGCUUGUUUGGAUGGGAAACGAUCCACACCAAUUUCUGAGCUACAUCUGGGACAUCUGCUGUUCAUGGCUUUACAAUGAGUUAUGCAAGUGGUAGUGAAUGAUUCUUCCCAGUACCUCAGCAACGUGGAAGAAUUAAUGUUGUUGUCUCCAUUUUGCAGACCAAGAAGGUCAGCUUAUAUUUUCCUCAUCUCUAUUAUCUCAUUGUUCCACACCGGGCAGGAUUUAGAACACCAGAGGGGAGCUGCUUGUGUCACACAGUUGUAGCAGUCAGUACAAGAAAUGGCAGAGCCUUCCAUCAGAAAAUCCUAAAGCUUCCAGUGCAGCUCCUGGCGAGGGUGGGAAAGUGAAACAUCCUUGGCUUAGGAUAAGCACUGCUUAGGCACACACCGAACGCUGCCGUGUUAGCAACCUACUAAGAAGAAAAUUAACCCAGGCAAAGCUCAGGAAAUUCCUCUAACUACUCAUUUGCAUGUGGAGCUGCACUAAAAGCAUCCUCGCCUGGCCGCGCCGCUCUUUCUCCUUUAAGGCAUCGCUGCCCCAGCAGCUGUCCGGGGUGGAGUCACAGCAGCAGAGCCUUUCGGUUUCGUUUCUUUCUGCUCUCUGCUGAUAGGAGGAAGGCCAUCCAGCAGAAGGAAAGACAAACAAUGGCAGAAGACAGCAAGUUCUGCAAAAAUUGUAAACGAGACGUGGCUGCUGCCAAUUUCUCCCUCCAUGAGGCCCAUUGCUUGAGAUUUCUCACUCUCUGUCUGGAAUGUGAUGAGCCAAUUGCCCAGAAGGAUAUGACAGACCAUCAGGCAGAAGCACACAAGCAGGUCAGAUGUAAUCUUUGUCACCAAGGCAUGCAGCAGUUCCAACUGGAGCACCACCAGACCAAAGAAUGCCUCAAACGAACAAUGAGAUGCAAAAUCUGUGAGCUGGAGCUGCCCUUCCACAAGCUGCAGGAGCACCUGGGCACCUGUGCCAGCCGCACAGAGUGGUGUGGAGCCUGUAACAAGUACAUCAUGUACAGAGACCAGGGCAAGCACAGAGAGAUUUGUCAGAACAGUGACCUGUCCUAUCGUGAGGAUGAGAACCUGCAAACCAGGGAAGCAUCCACUAAGGCAACAUUUAUUCACCCCACUGGUACUGGUGGCAAUGUCUGUCAGAAGUGCAGUAAGUCAUUCCCAGAUGAGCAGUACUCCCAGCACCUGAAAGAAUGCAGUGCAGCCCAAAAGCUGACAGAAGUUCUUGCUGACGAGGCCACUUCAAAACUCAGCAGUGAUCCACCGCAGCCACCUUCCUCCUCUCUGGCUCCCUCUUCCUGCUCCAAGAAUGCAACGGUGUGGAAGGAUGUCCGUCCCAAGGUGAAAGAAAGGCACAAGCCAAUGACCUCCAAAACCUUGCUUAAACCCCCAGAGCACGAAGAGAUUGGCUUUCCCUCUCCCAUGUCACCUGAAGCUCUUGAAGGCAUCCACUCUUAUGACAUGCUGGUGACCUGUGCCUCCUGCAACAUUAUUCUGCCACUUCCAACCCUUCAGAAACAUGAGAUCAAAUGUCUGCGUUUAACAUCUUCGAAUCUGCUGGGAUGAAACAAAAAUCAAGCCCUGGAGAAAAAGCAAAGUUCACUAUCAGAGGAUGCUGGCUGGAACCAACACACAACUGCUGUGACCUACUUCUCAGACACAAACUCGUUACCAGGAGCACACUCGGGAUGGGAAGGCAGGCAGAGCUCAGAAACUGCGGUUCAGCAAGGGCCCAGGCUCGUUUAUGUGUGUGUGGGAGACUGAGCUGAAAUACACCAACGGACGGUGCAAGA